AUGGCGACAGACGUCGAAAAGGCCCAAGGGGUAGACACCAGCCAUACCGUGCGCGACGGGGAAAAGGCAGGCAUUGCGACUCAACAAGCUCAACCCAAUGGGCCGCCGGUCGACCCAACGUCGACGGCCGGGUCCAUGGCCCCAGUGCUGGAGCCAGUCCCUCAGUCGCAGCGUCGAGGCCUUCUGGGUCGCUUCUCCAUCAUCCCAGAGGUCACCAACCCAUACACCUACGGCAACGGAACGAAAUGGUGGAUGACGGUGAUUGUGAGUUUCGCCGCCAUUACUUCGUCCACAGGCUCUUCUAUUUUCUACCCGGCCCUGGCGCAAGUGGCCGACGAUCUCAAAACCACGCCUACUGUCGCAAACUUAUCACUCGCCUUGUACAUGCUCGCCAUGGCCUUUACCCCGAUGUGGUGGUCGGCUUUGUCCGAGAAACACGGACGACGGACGAUAUAUCUCCUCUCCUUUUCGCUUUUCCUCGUCUUCUCCUGCCUCAGCGCCGUCAGCGUGAACAUCGCCAUGCUGAUCGUCUUCCGGGUCCUCAGUGGAGGAGCGGCGGCGUCGGUGCAAUCUGUGGGCGCAGGAACGGUGUCCGACAUCUGGGAACCCAAAGUGAGAGGACGGGCGAUGGGCGUAUUCUACCUGGGUCCUCUGUGCGGCCCCGGUCUGGCUCCGGUGAUUGGAGGCGCCCUAACCCAAGGCCUGCGCUGGAGGAGUACACAGUGGUUUCUCACCAUCUUUGGCGGUGUCAUGCUGGCUCUGAUAUUCCUGUGCCUCCCGGAAACGGCGCCUAGGCGUGUGGUUCAGCCGCAGCGGGUAGCGGACGGACGCAGAAGGCCAAACAAAGGCGUUCAGGUCCUGAAGCGCAUCUUCGGCCCCCUCCAAGUCCUCGCUCUGCUACGCCAUCCGCCGAUCGUGGUGGCGGUUUGGUCCGGGUCUAUCGCCUUCUUUACUAUGUUCGUGCUUAACGUCUCGCUCCAGGCGGCCUUCGAGAAACCGCCGUACAAUUUCAGUGUCAUCUUGGUGGGCCUGACGUAUCUAGCCCCGACCAUUGGCUAUGCGAUAUCAUCCCUGCUGGGCGGCAGAUGGAUCGACUACAUCAUGGCCCGCGAGGCACGCAAGGCCGGUCGCUACCACCCGGACGGCAAACCCAAGUACCUGCCGGAAGACCGGAUGAAGGAGAACAUCUGGCUGGCAUCGACACUGUACCCGGCGGCGUUGAUCUGGUACGGCUGGUCGAUCGACAAGGGCCUGCACUGGGCAGUGUGCUGCGUGGCCUGUAUCGUCUUCGGUCUCGGGGUGAUGCUCGUCAUGGGCGCGGUAACCACGGUGCUGACGGAAUUCACCCCCAAGAAGUCCUCCAGUGGCGUUGCCCUCGCCAACUUUCUGCGCAACAUCCUCUCGUGCACGGGUGCAGUCAUCACGCAGCCCCUGCUGGACGCGAUAGGGACCGGAUGGAUGUGUACCAUGGUCGCCCUGAUCGCAUUCGUUACGGGAAACGCGGCGAUCCUGGCCCUCAGGACGUGGGGGCCUCAGUGGCGGGUUAUGAUGGACAGAAAAUUAAACUCGGACAAGGCUUGA